UACACCGUGUCAUUAGCUUCAAAAUGGCGGCUGCAUCAGAAAGUUGUUAGGUUAAGUUGUGUACAUGAUUAUAUUACAUUACAUGUUUUUCUUAAUAUUUUAUUAAUUAGACAAAUAAGCACGAAAUAGACGUUAUUUGCUGUAAAAGUGGAAGACUACGUGUGGAAGCAAAGAUGAGGAUCGCUGUAGAGGGAUGUGCUCACGGGGAAUUAGACAUUAUUUACGAUACUAUUCAUGAGAUGGAGAAAGCUGAUAGAAGAAAAAUAGAUUUGCUCAUUUGCUGUGGAGAUUUUCAGUCCACGAGAAAUUUAAGCGAUCUCAGUUGUAUGGCUGUACCUGAUAAGUAUAAGAGUAUGUGUACUUUUUAUAAAUAUUAUUCCGGAGAAAAAGUUGCUCCUGUGCUAACAAUUUUUAUUGGUGGUAAUCAUGAAGCAUCAAAUUAUCUCCAGGAACUACCAUACGGUGGAUGGGUAGCACCUAAUAUUUACUAUUUAGGAUAUGCCGGUGUUGUAUCAAUAGGUGGUAUCAGAAUUGCUGGCUUAUCAGGCAUUUAUAAAGGUCAACACUUAAUGCAAGGCCACUAUGAAAAACCACCAUAUAAUGACAACACGAUCAGAAGUGUGUAUCACAUUAGGAACUUGGAAAUAUAUCGAUUAAAACAGCUUAGUGGCAAUAUUGAUAUUUUCUUAUCCCAUGAUUGGCCAGCAGGGAUAACCAAGUAUGGCGAUGAGAAUAUUUUGUUAAAAGGAAAACCAUUUUUCAGAAAUGAUAUCGAAAAUAAUUGCCUUGGUAGUCCACCAAGUAUGGAACUCUUGGAAUAUCAUUAUCCAAACUAUUGGUUCUCUGCACAUUUACACUGUAAAUUCGCCGCUCUUGUUCCCGAAAAAGAUGGAGCGAAGGUGACUAAAUUUUUAGCUUUAGACAAGUGUCUUCCAAAAAGAAAGUUUCUUCAAAUACUCGAAUUAGAACAUGACCAAAGUGUACCACUAAAACUAAAUUAUGACUUGGAAUGGUUGACGAUAUUAUAUUUAACAAAUCAUUUGUUAAGUGUAAAAAGUGGUACCCAUUAUAUGCCUGGACAAUAUGGUAAUAACAGAUGGGUGUUUACGCCAACUAGAGAGGAAAAGGAAGCUAUUUUGAAGAGAUUUAAUCAUUGUUUAGAAGUUCCAUUGAAUUUCACACAGACUACAAAACCAUAUGAUCCUGAUGCUUCAGAGCUUCUAAUGGAAUCACCGAAAUUAUUGGUCAUAAACCAUUUAUACCAAUCGAACCAAAUUGUAAAAAAUUUAAGCGACGAAAUUGUGCUAUAUAUUCCAAUACCCUUUAAAUGCAAUUUAAUAAAAUUGCAUUAUUAUUUCAAAAUGGAUAAAUUAACCCUUAUUUCGGGAACAUUAUUUCUUGUCGCAGAUGUAUCUGCAAUAAUUAGUCUCGCUAUGCCAGACUGGAUUAUUACUGAUGUUGGUGGAGAUACAAGAUUAGGGUUAAUGUGGUCCUGUAUGACAUUGUAUAAUAGACCCCAGGUUUGUUAUAGUCCAGAUUUACAGCCAGAAUGGUUAAUGGCUCUCGCUUGUAUUUUCAUUGGAUGUAUUUUGAUAACAGCAACAAUAAUUCUAUUAGCUAGUUCUCAUUGGGAUCGCAAUGUUAUUCCUUAUGCAAGAUGGGUUGGAUUCACAGCUAUGGUGUUGUUUUGUCUAGCUGCAGUUAUAUUUCCGAUGGGUUUUCACAUAGUUGAGAUUGGAGGGCAACCAUAUCAAUUACCGAAUUCUCAUCAAGUUGGAAAUUCUUACAUACUUUUUGUUUUAGCUCUGUGGAUCACAGUAAUCUCAGAAUUGUUUGCAGGCAAAGUUUGUCUACCACAUUUCUAGCUGUUACCAAUUCUUGUUUGUCCCUUAGGUUUAACAAUUAUUUUCGUAUUUAUAAUGCUACCAGGCCUUCCAGGCAGGGAUCCUACCUUUCGCGCCAAAAUGGCAGAUAGGUCCCAGCUUGUAGAUACGACACAAUCAAAAUCCACGUUACAUGGCACAGGCUCCGUAUGAGAGGAGAUACGACAGUUGUCGUUGCACGAUUUUCGCAUCAUGUACUUGUCGUCAUAUCCUCACCCUGAGACCUGUUCGUUAUUUUGGUGCUAAAGGUGCGAUAUGGAAUCCCUGCUUCCAGGCCUGGAUCACGAAUGAGAGUGAGGGAGUGAGAUUGAGAAGUAGCGAGAGCGAGAAUGACCCUAUGCCCUACUCGCUCUUGCUACUUCAGGCCUGGAAUGCCUAACUGAUGCGUAGUUUUAUAAAAGAUCAUAUAUAUAACUAUACCCUUGACAAUCACGAGAGAAUCUGACGAUCGUACAUAAACAUACAGCUUAAAAAAAUUUUGUGUAUGUAUGUACGAAUAAUUUAUUUUUAUAAAUAAAAAACUCAUUUACUACAACUUGAAUUCACUUUUACAUCAGAAUUACGCAAUCGCUCAAUUUAUGAAGAAAACCAGAUAAGCAUUUUUUGAACAGAUGUCAAAUUUGCGCGAUUGGCAAGGGGUUAAUAUUAACAAAAAAUAAAAUUAAGGAUAUUGUAAUUAAUAUUAUUAAUUAUUAUAGUAUUUAUUUUAAAUGUAUGAUAAAUAUAUGAUAGUUGUUGAAUAUAUUGCAUCUAAAUAAACUGUAUAUAAAUAGAUAAUAGAAACACCACCAAGAUAA